AACUCUGGAUAUUACACAAGCAUGGAUAACUGCUGGAUGCCGAAAAACGUGAUAACCAGAUCCACUAAUUUCUCUAAGAGGGAACUGCCCAUUUACUAACCCCUGUAAGUUCCGUUUGGAGGCGUCUUCCUCGGAACACGGAAUCCGUGCGACGCAGCAGAGGGAAUUGCCAGUAACAGCUCUGAAGAGCGAGAGCGGCGAAUUGCAGAUCUCUCUGAAAUCUGAUUAUAUCUGAUCACCAUGACAGCUGCUGAUUUAAUCAGCCUCUGGGAUUACUGGGAUGAACAAAACCUCACCACAAUGAACCAGACCUGGACCACUUGUGUAAAUGACUCUGACUGUUUGACCUGGGAGAUUUUCCACUGUCUGCACAAUUUCUCUAAGAAUGCGAUCCUGCACACCAUAUCUUUCUUUUAUAUCCUGAUUUUUGUCAUCGGUUUGGUGGCCAACAUCGUGGUGGUCUACGUGAACGUGAAGGCAAAACGAUCAAGAUACGAAACCCACUUCUACAUCCUAAACCUAGCCAUUGCAGACUUGUGUGUGGUCGUCACUCUCCCUUUCUGGGUCACAUCUCUCAUUCAGCACGGCACAUGGCCAUUUGGGGAAUUUAUGUGCAAAAGUACUCACCUCAUCUUCAGUGUCAAUCUGUUUGGGAGCAUCUUUUUUCUAACCUGCAUGAGUGUGGACAGGUACAUAUCAAUGGUGUGGUUCCGAGAUUCCAUUGACCAUAAGAAAGAUUUGAUCCGUAAGAUUAUCUGCAUGUUUGUUUGGAUUUUUGCCUUUCUCAUAUCACUUCCAGAUUUCUUCUUCUUGAAAGUGACUCUCAAUUAUCAAAAUAAACCCAUUUGCCAUUUGGCUUAUCCUGAAGAAAACUUUAGAGAAUGGAUGGCUGGGAUGGAAAUGAUCUGCAUCAUCGUAGGCUUUAUUAUUCCAUUUGCCAUAAUUGCAAUUUUCUACUUUCUCCUAGCAACAGCCAUUCCAGUCACAAUUGACCCAGAAAGAAAAAAUAGCCGGAAGAUAAUAUUUGUCUAUGUGAUUAUUUUCCUGAUCUGUUGGCUCCCCUAUCACUCAAUUUUAUUUCUUGAUUUUUUGUGGUUUCUAAACUUUUUAUCUUUCAGCUGUGAACUGGAAAAUUUCGUAUAUAUGGCUUUCCAUAUCACUCAGUGUCUAUCCCUAGUACACUGCUGUGCCAAUCCCAUACUUUAUAGCUUCAUCAAUAAAAACUAUAGAUACGAUCUCAUGAAAGCUUUCAUCGUCAAAUAUUCUGUGAAGUCUGGUAUCACGAGACUUAAGGACACCACAGAAACAGAGUGCUCCAUGUUAGAGGCAGUCGCUUAAUAUAAUCUCCACUCUUUUGAGCAGAAGCAUUACCUUCUCAAAUACCUAUUAAACUGCAAUAGCAAGUGCAGUGUUUGAUUAAAUAGUAUAAUUGCUCUUAUAGCCAAGUGCUUAAAUAUUCAGUGGAGCCUGUAGAAUAUUUUGGGUGCAAGUAUUUUUCUAACUGGGAGAAUUUGGACUUCCAAGGUUGUAGGAUUGAGCAAGUUGAUUUAAAGUCAGUGAGCCUAGUGUGCACAAAUAUGCCCCAUAAUUAAUUAUAAUAGGGCCACAUGAAACUGUUUUUUUCAAACAGGCAUAAGAUCAGAUGUUCUUGGGGUGUAGACUAUAAUUGUUUAAUCUUCUCUUUUGAACAUUUCCUACACAGUAAUGAGGGAGUUCAUAUUGAGUGUGGUGGUACUAAUCUGACUUCGCAUUUGUAGAUAUUUUCUAAACAACCUGUUCAAAGAUAUUUUUGUACACCUCUGCAGCAGGUGGGAGUUUUACCCAGGCUUCCUGGUUCAGAGGUGGGAACACUACCACUGUCAUUAUUGCAGUUAAACCUCACUGGAUAAUUAUUAUGGGACUCUAUGACCUCAGCUGACUGGACAGUUGGAUUGUGAGGCGGAGUGAUGCCAAAAGUAGGGGUUCAAUUCCUUGCAAAUGCUGAGGUCUUGACUCUGCCCAUCACCGGCAGCGUGGUGACCCUCAGAUUAAGUGCACCACCUGCCAUCUCUCUGUAAUAAAGGAGAGCAGCCUUAUGGGACUAUGGUAACUAUCACUAUAAUUAUUCUGUUUUUUCAAAUUAUGAUAACAUUUCAGUUAAGGCAACUCAAAAAAACUGUAAAGAAUUCAAAUGGAGCCUUUUAUGUUGAAACAACACCAGCACAGAAGAUAAUAUCCACAGGAGAAUUUUAAUGAUAAUUCUCACCAUGUAAAAAGUAUUUGCAUCUAUGAUUUUCCAGAUUCCUGUGGUGUCAUCUUCCAUUUGGCAGUUAAAAGAGCAGGGAGAUAAGCUGUUCCCAUCUUGCUUCUUGUUGACAGUGUUGUUGCACACAUUGACAUGUACAUGAUGCAAUAUCCAAUUUGACCUAAGCUCAGCCUCAAACCCCACAUUCCCAGUGUAGUCAGUUUUGCUAUAACGUGUGUUUCUUCAAUGCAAAUUGGCUUUAACGCGAUUGAAGAAUUUAGACAGUUAUUAGUUAUUAGUUAUUGAAACUCAUUAGUUUUAAUGGCAUGGCAAUGCACGAUUUUCUUACAAUGCGACAUUGCGUGAGAAGGAAACAUCACGUUACAUCAGAACUGACUAUACUACAAGUACUGCCUAUUUCGGACUCUGCAAUAUUACUUGCUCCAUUUCCCUGACAGCUCACGUGCUGUUGGAACUCUUCUUUGUCAUUUCUAGCUCAAUUUCCUCAACGUUCCCUUGGCCAGUCUCUCAUCUUUUGGUACAAGAAAUCUAGGUUCAUUCAAAACCCUGCCUCCAGUUUCCUAUCCCAAAGCAAGCACUGCCCAAUUCAACUAUCAUGCAUAUCUUAUGUGGCCUGACUCCCAGAAUUCCUUCACUUUUAACCUCUCAUUAUUGCAGUUAAAUCAUUCCAUGGGGUUGCUGCUUACCACUGUCACCUAGUCCAGAUCUAUAACUCUACUGAUACCCUUAUUCAUCUGGCCUCAACCUCUUGUGCUUCCAGCAACCUUUCACAGAAACAAUGAUGACCAAACUUUCAACUAUUAAGGCUGCCUACUCCAGGACUCCCUCCACAAAACCCAGUGCUUCUGAGUUCAGCUACUCCUCCUAACAUUUUCUUCUUUGGUUUGGCAAACCUGUCAACAUGUCCAAAGAUGCUUUGAGUCAUCAAGUCAUAGAGAUGUACAGCAUGGAAACAGACCCUUCAAUCCAACCCAUCCAUGCCAACCAGAUAUCCCAACCCAAUCUAGUCCCACCUGCCAGCACCCGGCCCAUAUCCCUCCAAACCCUUCCUAUUCAUAUACCCAUCCAAAUGCCUCUUAAAUGCUGCAAUUGUACAGCCUCAACCACUUCCUCUAACAGCUUAUUCCACACGUGCACCACCCUCUGUGUGAAAAAGUUGUCCCUUAGGUUUUUUUUAUAUCUUUCCUCUAUCAACCUAAACCUAUGCCUUCUAGUUCUGGACUCCCCUACCCCAGGGAAAAGACUUUGUCUAUUUACCCUAUCCAUGCCCCUCAUGAUUUUAUAAAUAAAGUUGAUACAUAAAUGCAAAUUAUGAUUGUUGCAGUGAGUAAUGUGAACUGCUCGCUUCAGUGGCUUUUUCGGUAACUUAGUCAACAACUUUUCUUGUUUGAAAGAGCUUGCUUUCUUACUCAGAAAUUUUAUUUAUGUCUCCUUGGACACAUAACUAUGUUGCGUAAUGAAUCUUGGCAAUAACCUUAAGCUUCAAUCAUCCCUAUUGCUAAUAAAAUGAUUACAAGUGGAUAAAAUGAUUUCAAAAAGAAAUUGUAAGGACAUCUGAGGGACACCUGUAGAACUCUGGGGAUAGAAUGGAGGACUUGCACUAACUGCAUUACUAUGUGGACAUGUACUCGCUUAGCUGAUAGUUACCAUCUAUGCUGUUGGGGCUCUAUGAUUCUAGGACGAGGUCAUCUGCAACUAUACUCCAAAGCUAAAAGAAACACAACUCCCUAAGGUGUGAGAUGUGGCUGAGUGGUAGCACCCCCAUUUCAAUGUCAGAAGGUCAUGGAUUUGUGCCACAUCUUUGAUCCUUGUAUAUGCAAACUACAUGACACCUCUGUUUAAUAGUGAGGCAGUGCCGCACAGUUAGAGACAUUCACAUAAUCCCUACAGUGUGAAACAGGUCCUUCGGCCCAACAAGUCCACACUAGCCCUUCGAAGAGUAGCCCACCCAGAUCCAUUCCCCUAUCCUAUGUUUACCCUUCACCAAUUCACCUAACCUACACAUCCCUGAACAAUAUAGGCAAUUUAGCAUGGCCAAUUCACCUAACUUGCCCAUUUUUGGAUUGUGGGAGGAAGCCCACACAGACACAGGGAGAAUAUAUAAACACCACACAGCCAGUCGCCUGAAGCUGGGAUUCGACUUGGGUCCGUGGAGCUAUGAGACAGCUGUGCUAACCACUGAACCACCAUGCCACCCCAAUGAGCUGUUAACUGAGAUUAGGUGUACUCCUCAAAUGGUGUAAAUUUUGCAUGGUACUGUUCAAAUAAGAAUUAGGGUUUUUACCUGCUAUCUUGGCCAAAAUCUGUUUUUCAACCAGCAUCAUUAGAACAGAUCAUGUCCUCAUUAUUGCAGUUUUCAGAGCAUUGCUAAGUGCAAAUUGGUCAACACGUUUUUUAUAUUACACUAAUGAUUAUACUUCAAAAGUAAUUUGUUGAUUGUAAAGAAUUUUGGAAUGACCUGAGGUUCUGAAAUACUCCAGAUAAAUGCAAGCGCUGAUUUGCUUACAAUUUGAUUCCUCACACAUAGAAUCUUGACUCCCAGUUUUGAUUUAUUCUCCAUUGGAAAAGGCCUGGUUUCUGUUUGCUGCACAGCCUUGUACCAUGAGGCUGGUAUCAAAAGUUCAUAGCUCGUAACUUUUAUGCACCUGAAUCACUGCACUGACAUAUUUUUGGAAGUGCACAUUGUACGGCACAAAUCUCCCAGUUGCAAUUGUGAAAAAGCUGCAUUAUGUUUUCUGUUAGCGGGUCCAGGCUUUGCUCCAUUAUUUAUCAUUUUUGCUGUGCACAAUCAAAACAUAUUUUGUUGAGAACAGUACACUGUAAAAUCUGCUGUACUUUUGUAAGUAAAAUUACACAUGUCUAAGAUUUGUCUUACGUUUUAAUGUCAAAGGGUUCAUAUGGCUUCUCUAUGGAAAACUGGAUAAACCAGAGUAAACUAAAGGCAGAAACCUUUGGAAGAUUUAUCCUAAUGAGAAUAAUGGAUUUGGGGUAUAAAGAGGUUAGAAUCCAGACUAAGAUUUCAGAUGUGUUGGAAACACUGUAAAUUACGAAGAACUUUGAUUUUAAGCUGUGCUGUUCAAGAUAGCCCAGGAUUUAACAGCCAUAGUAUUCAAUAUACAUAAUAUGUUAUAAUAUAUAUCCAUGUAGCAGUUUAGCAAUUCAUAAUCCGUCUUUGUUUUCAUUAAACACUAUUGCCAAGGUAAACAGAUUUUCCUGCAGUAAAACAUCACUGAAUGUAAAGGUAUUAGUUGCACUGACAAUGCAUUAAUAUGUCUGUCUUGCAUUGAUGUUAAAAUGUAUAAACUGUACCAAUUUCAUACAAGUGGUCUUUCAAUAAAUAA